AUGGCCACCGAAAACAUAUGCGCCGUCGAGAAGCGCGGCCGGGUAUACCUCAUCACCCUCACCGGCGAGGGCGAGCACCGCCUCAACUCGGCUCUACUGUCUGCCAUCCGCGCCGCGGUCGCCGCAGUCCGGGCCUUCCCGGGUGGCGCCAGCGCGCUCGUCCUGGCCGCCGAGGGCAAGUUCUUCAGCAACGGCGGCGACCUGGCAUGGGCGCGCGCCGGGACUGCUCCGGCGGACCGCCAACUCGCAUAUCGCGCCGCGCUCCGCGGUCUCGUUGCCGACCUCCUCGCGCUCCCCAUGCCCACUGUCGCCGCCGUCACGGGCCACGCCGCGGGCGCCGGCUGCGCGCUCGCGCUGGCGCACGACGCCGUCGUCAUGCGCGCCUCCCGCGGGUUCCUCUACAUGAGCGAGGUCGACGCGGGGAUCAAGAUCGACUUCGUUGGCGAGGUGCUCCGGCAGAAGGUCCCGGACGCGGUCGCUAGGAGGGACCUGGUGAUGAUAGGGGAUAAGAUGACAGCCGCAGAGGCCGUGCGUCGAGGCAUUGUGGAUGCUGCCGUGGACGGCGGCGUGGAGGACGUCGUGGCCGCGGCGGUCGCCAUGGCUGAGGAGCUCGCGGGCAGAGGCUGGGACGGGGAGAACCUGGCCAACAUCCGGAAGGCCACCUGGCCGGUGCUGUGGAGCUGGAGCAAGGUCAAGGACUACGGCGGCGAGGCGCCGGCGCGGCCGCGUCUAUAA